CAGCGGACGCUUAUGGUGUGAGGUCCACACGGUUACUCUUUAACACGCCGUUACCGUGGCGACGGAGCCACCGGCCCGCUGAGUUCACAUGGCAACAAAGAAGGCUUGUUUCUUAAUGUUAAAUGACAUUUGCUCCCUUUUUUUCAUUUUAUUAGAAUUCACGUUGUUCCGGAUUGCCGACUGGUGAUGUAACAUCGGCUCGACGCUCAUUGCCUAGACCUUCUGCUUUAACGUCUCCUCUGGACCUUCUGCUUUAAACGUCUCCACUGGACCUUCUGCUUUAAACGUCUCCUCUGGACCUUCUGCUUUAAACGUCUCCUCUGGACCUUCUGCUUCAAACGUCUCCACUGGACCCUCUGCUUUAAACGUCUCCACUGGACCUUCUGCUUUAAACGUCUCCACUGGACCUUCUGCUUUAAACGUCUCCACUGGACCUUCUGCUUUAAACGUCUCCACUGGACCUUCUGCUUUAAACGUCUCCACUGGACCUUCUGCUUUAAACGUCUCCACUGGACCUUCUGCUUUAAACCUCUCCUCUGGACCUUCUGCUUUAAACGUCUCCACUGGACCUUCUGCUUUAAACGUCUCCACUGGACCUUCUGCUUUAAACGUCUCCACUGGACCUUCUGCUUUAAACGUCUCCUCUGGACCUUCUGCUUUAAACGUCUCCUCUGGACCUUCUGCUUCAAACGUCUCCUCUGGACCUUCUGCUUCAAACGUCUCCUCUGGACCUUCUGCUUCAAACGUCCCCCCCCACUCCACCUGUCAGAUAAAACGAAUCGGCGGAUUGUUUGUCACUUCCUGUCCCGCUGAAGCUUUCUGCUGACCUGUGGCUUCAUCACACGCAGCCCUGGAGGAUGUUGGCUCCACCAACAUCUGCACUAGUCGUGUUCAUGGCGGCAUAAACACCCCCACCCCCCCAUCCUCCCUUCCUGCCCGCCCCUCCCUGCUCAUUCUGGUCCAGCAAGCAUCUGCAGAGUGAUCAAAUUACCCACAAUUACUGCAGAGUAUCAUCAGAUUACUGUUAUUUAGUCCAAAGACCGGGGAUUUGGAAGGGUGGAUAUAUACACACACACACACACACACGUGUGUGAUGCAUUCAGACGUCAUUGUCAGUGACAUGCGGAUGCAUUUGUGUAAUUUGGAAGCCAUGAGGAUUUUUUUUUACUAUUAUUUUAUUUUGUCUGUGAAAUGUCUGAAAAAAACGUUUUACAAGAUGUAAAUGUUUCCAUUUGAGAUGAGGUUUUAAUAUUGAAUCUUUGUUUUAUUUCUGGCAGGUCAUGAGUGCCUCUAGGAAAGACCCAGUGGACAAUAACCUCACCUGUCCAAAGCCCCGCCCCGCCCGGGCCUCUACCUGCCCCCCACCAGUGGACUCCCACCAUGACGUCUGAUCAGGAGGCGGCGGUGAAGCUCGACCAGGAACGGGCGGAGAUCGUCGCCAAAUAUGACAAGGGCAAAGAGGCCACCGUGGAGCCCUGGGAGGACACCAACUAUCACCUGUACAAGGUCGUGGACCGCUUCGGCUUCGUCCAGAAGAACGACCUCCCGUCCUACGACUCGGUGGAGGAGAAGCAAAAGCACGUGGAGGUGGAGAGGACCUCCAAGUGGCUGAAGAUGCUGAAGAGCUGGGACAAGUACAAGAACAGCGAAAAGCUGGUCCGGCGCGUCUACAAGGGAAUUCCGCUGCAGCUCCGCGGGGAGGUGUGGUGUCUGCUGCUCGACGUUCCCAAAAUAAAGGAGGAAAAGAAAGACUUCUACGAGAAACUGAAGGCCCGGGCCAGGGGCGUCUCCCCCGACAUCCGUCAGAUCGACUUGGAUGUGAACCGCACCUACAGAGACCACGUGAUGUUCAUGCACCGCUACGACGUCAAGCAGCAGGCGCUGUUCCACGUCCUCACAGCCUACUCCAUGUACAACACGGAGGUGGGCUACUGCCAGGGCAUGAGUCAGAUCACGGCUCUGCUGCUCAUCUACAUGAACGAGGAGGACGCCUUCUGGGCUCUGGUCAAGCUGCUGUCUGGGCCGAAGCACGCCAUGCACGGCUUCUUCAUCCCCGGCUUCCCAAAGCUGAUGCGCUUCCAGGAGCACCACGACCGCCUCCUCAGGAAGAUGAUGCCCAAACUGAAGCAGCACCUGGACAACCAGGAGGUGUUAACCAGCCUCUACACCAUGAAGUGGUUCUUCCAGUGCUUCCUGGACAGAACUCCCUUCACUCUCACCCUCAGGAUCUGGGACAUCUACAUCCUGGAGGGGGAGCGAGUGCUGCCCACCAUGUCCUACACCAUCCUCAAGCUGCACAAGAAGCACCUGAUGAAGCUCUCCAUGGAGGAGCUGGUGGAGUUUCUGCAGGUGACGUUGUCCAAAAACUUCUUCUUCGAGGACGACUUUGUGGUGGAGCAGCUGCAGGCGUCCAUGGCGGAGCUGAGGAGGGCGAAGCUGGAGCUGCCCGUAGCAGGUAAAGACGACGAGCUUCCCAAGAAGCCCCUCGGGCAGCUUCCUCCCGAGCGGGUGGCGGCGAACCACGUGGCCAACGGUCAGAGCCACGCCGAGCCGGCCGAGCCUCCCAGGGACCCGAGUCCCAGACCGGAGCGCCAGCGGGGGAGUCGCCCCCCCAGCCGGUCACGCCGGGACUCGCUGGAUAAAUCGAUCCGUCACCACAAGGUCGACAAGAGGGACGUGCGCUCCCGAGGGUCCGGGGAGAUCCCCGACGAGCAGAGGAAGCAGUCCGCCGCCGCCACGCCUGAGAGGGCGGCAACGUCACCCUUGGCCCCCACCCCUACCCCACAGCUCAUCGUGGGCGAUAGGCCGAAGCCUCAGAGCCACGCCGCCGCGGCCUCCAGCUCCCGCAGAGAAAUCACCCCCCGGUGGUUCAAGCCCUCCGAGACCAGGCUGGAAGCGGUCAAGGCGGCGGGCCGGGAUGUCCAGCUGAGCAGAGCGGCGUCACCGGCCCCCUCCAGCCCAGAGGACGGCGCGCUGCCAAACAGCCGGCCCCCCUCCAAGGGCUUUGUUGCCGACUCCAACCGCGGCUCCAACGCCUCCCAGUACGACAACGUCCCCGGCGUGCCGGAGCCCGAGUUUGAGAUCCUGGAGCUCGACGGACCUCCGGCCAGAAUGAGGCCCCCUCGCGGCGAGCCGCCCUUCGGCGCGUCGUCCCUCCAUCAGGGAAGCCCCGCCCUGGACGGGAGCGUCGCCUAUGCGGCGUCGGGGCCCAGGGUGGCAAACCAACAGCCGCUUCCUCCUGCGUUUUCCCACAACAGUCCAGGGGGGGUCCACGCCAGCUUCCAGGGCAGCCAGAGCCGGUACAACACCCCUCCCCAGCAGCACUCCCCGGGCCGGGCCACCACCGAAGUCCCCAUCUUGCAUCCCGCUUACAGCGUCAGCCUGGACCACAGAGGAGAGGAAAGACUCUAUGCCCCGCCCCCUCGGUUCACCCCCCCCUCCAGCGCGGUGUACGGGGAGCGGGCGUACGCCACCACACAGCGCCGGAGCCACUCCCCGCAGAAGGCGCUCGCAAACAACUCCUACGCCACCUACCGCAGGCAGCCGCUGUUGCCGAGCUCCGACCGAAACGCCAGGCCCCCCCCGGAGCACCCGCUGAUGGCGGACCCCCGGGGGAGGCCCGCCCCCAUCUACCUGCAGCAGCCGGCCUACGCUCCGGCGGACUACGCGUUCGAGGCGCAUCAGAGGGGCGAGGCCCUCCCGCACUACCUGCCAGACAGCGGGUCCCGGCGGUCCGCGUGGGCGCCGGAGGAGGCGGCGGCGCCGCCCCUUCUGUCCCCGGGCGGGGUGCCGCGCUCGCCCAGCUUCCAGCAAGCCCAGAUGUCUCCGGUCCCAGAGUUCUCCUUCCCCCCGAACCCGGACGACCUGCUCGGCUACAGGACUCAGUUCCAGAAGCAACAGCUCCCCCCGCUGUUCGGAGGACCACACUACAGGCACGCGCAGCAGGCGUUCGCCAUGCAGGAGUCCAUGCUGCUGUGACCGGACGAUAGGAAAUUGUAAGACACUUUAUAAAAAUAAAAAUGUAAGUAAGCUGGCGUAGUCCCUGACACUGUGGUGGAGACGAGCAGUAGUCUUAGCUCUGUUGUUCUAUGUGUGUGUGAAGUACUGACCUUCUGACUGUCCCGCCGCGGGACGCACCAGCCUCCGGAGUUUUGACCGAUCACUUUGAAAACUGACUGAAGAUUUUAUUUUAUUUUUGGAUGUAAAUCAUUAACAGGAAGUGACGGUAUAUAUCUUUUUAGAGUUUGACAUGUACAGUGGAUUCUUUUCUUCGUUCUUUAUUUUUUUAUGUUACUUGGAGAUAUUUACGUUUAAGAGAUCGGUUUACUUUAUAUACUUGUGAAUGUUAUUUUUUAAAGAGAAGAAUUAAUACUAUGUCUAAUGAUAGAAGUAGAGAGCAUUGAAGAACAGUACAUUUAGAUUUCCAUUCUUCACAGUUGAAAGCAGGGUUUAUUUUUGGAACCUUUCAUUUCCAGUUUCAGUGAUUUCAUUCCUCCCUGAUGUGCAAUUUGUGUCUCUGAAUACAUUGGAUAUUUAAACACAAUUGAGGUAAAUUUCAAACCUGAUUAGAGACUAAAAGCAUAGAGCGCUAAUUUGUGAGGGAUAAUAAUAUAUAUAUAAAUAUAUAUUUGGUAUAUAAGCCAGCUGAUUUGUAACCAUAGGUAACAUGUUUGUCUUUUUAAUUACCACAUCACGAGCACAUGCAGCCAGACACUGAUGUGGACUAGUUUGCUUUCCUUGAUUAUGUCUGAUUAUUCUCAACGUUCUCUCCUAUCGACUGCUGGCACUUCCACUGGGCCACUGAGUCUUUCGCACACCCGACAUUUAACCGCGGUCACUUUCCCUUUUUAUUGUUCUCAAACCGCAUCGGCCAUUCCAUUCAAGUUAUCUUUGUUUUUGGUUGAACAACUAAUUCCAGACCUGAUACUUUGCUUAAUAAAACGAGGUGGGUGAAGUGAA